AUAUACACGGGAAACAACCCGUGCGCUCCGCACGAGCGAGGGGCUGGGUGGUGGCGGCUUCCUCGCGGGACGGGUCACCAAUGGCUGCGGGUCAAGCCGACCGAGACAGCGGCGCAUCUUUGGGAGAGGGGGAGAGCAAAGAAGAAGGAGAGGCCUGGCGGCGGCUGAGGAGGUGCUACGCGCCGCAACCUCCGCCUCGACGCGCCGCCAGAUCUCCACCUCAACGCGCUGCUGGUCCUCUGCAUCCUCCGCCUCAAACUUCAGUUUUUGUGUUGCAAGUGUUCUCCCUCCAGUUCGUCAUGAACCACCAAAGGACGCACGGGAGCAGCAUCUGGCAUUCAGAGCCUCACAGGUUUGAUGCUUGCACACAAGCGAUGGAUCAAAGGAGCCUGCAAACUAUGUAACUGAAUGUUGUUUCUUUCCACCAAAUCAUCUAUUAUUAAUUUCCUCAUUUCAUCUUCUGAUAAAUGAUCCUUUGAUGUCGAUUGCAGAGAGAAACAUGUUUACAGUAUUUUAGAUUUCGGUCAUUAGAGGGAAUUUGGAUUCUUUUUCUAUCACCACACAAAGAAAUGUAUGUCAUUGCUAAUUGAAAAGGUGUAGGAAAAUAGAGUUUUCUUUUAUCUGUACUACAUUAUCAGCCUACGGGGGCAGUCAUGGAGAAGCCAAGUUUAACCGAUAUUUCAAAAUAUUGUAGCCUCCGUAAAAUUAAAAAAAGGUGCUUCUACUUCUUGAAACUCCCGACUGCUCAUGUACUAUUUCACAUUGCCAUCUUUGUUACUCAUCACUUACUUGAAACUCCCAGCACAUAUUAAUAAUGUCGUCUCCAGAGUAAAGUCAUACAAACUUUCUGGACGGCCGUUCCAGAAAGCACUGGAUGAGUUUUUUCGCUCUCGCUAGCUCCCGCUCUCGCUAGCUGCGCCGUGCGCCACUCCGGCGCCGGCGGCCACUGCUCCUGCCGGUCGCCUCUCCGGUGCCGGCAGCCACCCCCUCCCCCUCCCUUCCUCCUAACCUUCCCUCCCUCCGCCCCCGCGCCAUGGAUGAGCGCGUGGCCCUUUCGGGAUCCGGUGGAUCCAGCUCCAGCUCCCCCCGACGCGCCCCCCUGCGCUCGCUGCUGGUGCCGGUGGUGGGCUCCGCCUUGGGCCCCCUGGGGCCGAGUGGCCCGUCGGUGCCUGCGGCCGGAGACGCGCCGUGGCGGACGAAGCGGGGGCGCCGGGAGCGUGCUCGCCCGGCGCGUCCGCGCGCACCCUUCCGGCCCCUAGGCCGCCGCCGCACUCGCGGAUGCCGGCGCGCUUCUUCGGCUGUUGCUACAACUGCGGGGAGGAUGACCACAUCUUGCGGGAGUGCACGAACCCGACCAAGUGCGUUCGCUGCGAUGGCGCCGGGCACAGCUCCAGGGACUGCCCGCUGCGGCGUGGCUCCUCGUCCGGUGGCAGCUCCCCCAGGCCGCAUGCUCGUCGGCAGCGUGUCUCCUCUCCGUUUCCGCCCGUGUCUUGGUCGUCGCUGGGCGGGGAAGGUGGAGGAGCCGUCCUGCUGCUAUCUAGAGCGCUCUGAGGAGAUGGAGCGGCUGGAGGCGGAGCUCGCGCGCGCGGUCGUGGUCUCCAUCGUCGGGAACCGCCCUGCGGUGGAUCUGGCCAGUGCGGCGAAGGCCCUUCAUGCCGCGUUCGACGUCGGGCCGGCGUCCAUGUCCAUCCGUGCCUUCUUCCCAGAGGACUUUCUGGUGCUUUGCGACUCCAUUCACCUACGACAGCGCAUGGCGGACCGUGGUCGGGCGGACGACCCUGGGUUCUCGCUGUCGCUCCGGCCCUGGAUUCGGCAGGCGCAGGCCACGGCGGUAAAUCUCCCCUUCCUCGUCCCGCUUGACCUCAUCGGCGUGCCGGCCAAUGCGUGGACGCGGCGGACGGCGGACGUCAUCUUAGACGGCUAUGGAUACGUGGUGGACGUGGCGGAGGAAACGUCGAGCCGCAACGACAUGUCUCACUUCCGCGUCUGGCUUCGCACGGCGGACAUCUGCCGCAUUCCGUCCCGCAAGCUCCUCUUCGUGGAGGAGCCGGCCCUGCCUCCCGCGCCGGCGGCGCGGAGCCGACCGCGGGUGUUCUCUCGGGCCCGUGCCGGCACUCUGCGAUCCCAUCGAAAUCCGUCGGGUGGGCGACCUCCCGGCGGCGCCUCGCCCACCGCAGCCUCCCUCUUCGCCACGGCCGCCUCCGCCACCUUCCCCGCCGUCUGAUGACGGCCAUGGCCCCGAUGCUGGCUCGUCAGGCCGCUGGAUGGAGGGGGAUGGCUUUUCUGCGAGGCGCGUAGUGGAGUCCAACGGUGGAUAUGUCCGGCGCUCCUACGCCGGAAAGGUGGACGCGGCGCCGCACCAUCGCCGGCAUGCACUCGCCGGCGCUGAAGGUGGUGACACCACGCCUUGUGGGGCUGGCUCCAUGGGCACGCCAGACUGCGCUGCUAUGGGGCCUGCUGAGACCAUGCGGGCUUUGACCAUAGUGGACUCUGGGGGCUGGUCCCAGGAAUCGCGGGUACGGGCUGACCCCGGGCCCGCCUCGUGCCAUGCAUCGGUGGAUGUUAUGGAUCUGAUGGAUGGCGGCCGCUCCCCCUCUGCGUGCAGCGGCUCGUCCAUCCAAUCCGCGAAGGUGGGCAGUAUGAUUGCUGCCCUACGUGGCAGUUCGGCAGGGGCGCGUGCGCGCUCACGGGAUGCCUCUGCUGCCUCCUGGUCGGCCUCCUGGUCGGUUCGGAGCACUGGUUCGGGUGGGGUCCGUCUCUCAGUUGACCUUGGCCUCGCUUUUGAGGCCUCGGUAUCCCCGCUGCAUGCGCACUGCUCCCCCCAGGCGGACCCACAUGAUCUUUCACCAAUAAGCACCCAUGCAGGCCUGGCCCACCCGGCUACACCCCCAUGCAGCAACCCAUUUGAUCCUCCCAGCGGAGCUGCUGCGUCACCCCAUAUGCUGGUUCCCCCCGCUCGGGCUGCUGCAACCAGCCCGUCUACCCCGCCUACCGUGCUCGAGCAGGUCCUAACGCAGAUUCGUGAACACAUACAUGCCCCCCUUCUGCCGCUCCUUGACGUGUAGCGUGGCCGGCGCAAGCGGCCAAUCAUUCCGGACGAGCUUUGCCGCCGCAGUGCAAGAUUGCAACAGAGUGCCAAGUCCUUGCCGUCGUCAUACAUCAAGCGGGCCCAACGGGUCUUGAUGUCCAAGAUGGGCAUCUGUGAGAUAGAGAAUGAGCCGCCGGUGGACUGUUUGCAGAAGUAUGCGCAGCUGUUUCGGAGGCCGCUGCCUCAACAACGCAUCGACGCCCUGGCGAGGCUUUUCUCCCUAGACGUCCCCCUUGAGGAGUCCUCGCUGUCUCUAGAAUCCUAGAGGGUCGGCUUGGUGGAAUGUAGGCCUUGUAAUGGAGAUUGCAAAUCAUAAUAUUAUUGUG